GCAAUUGCGUGUGGAAUCUAUUCAAAAUGCAACUCUGGGGAACUGUUUUGAAUCACCAACAUAACUUCAACACAUUACAACAUUCGUAAACAGCUGUUACUACAUUUACUACGGACAUUAAUCUCUAUUAUCAAAAUAUAAAUGUUUUAGGAAUUUGUAUUUAAUUUAAAAUUAAAAACCAAACGUGGUAUAAAUUUAAUACGCUAUGUCUCAAACUAUAAAAAGUGAAUUUGGAUUUCGUAAUCAGGACGAUUUUGUUAUGGACUAUGACCAUAUGACAGUGAAAACAAAAGAAAGUAAUAAGACUUCAUCACGUUGUAGUAGUGCUGGUAGCACGCAUACACCAAACUCAUCCGCACACAAUUCAGAUGAUGAUGACAGUGGCAAUGGUAAUGUAAAUUCAAUUGCGACAACUACUUCAUCCAAUUAUAAAGAACGUCGUAGAGAAGCACAUACACAAGCUGAGCAGAAGCGACGUGAUGCUAUUAAAAAAGGUUACGACAGUUUGCAAGAAUUGGUGCCAAUGUGUCAACAAAAUGAUUCAGCUUCGGGCUACAAACCAAGCAAGGCUAUAAUAUUACAAAAAUCAAUUGAUUAUAUCGGCUACUUAAAUCAGCAGAUUAAGAAACAAGAAGACGAAAUUGGUGUGCUGCAAAAAGAAGUGACUGCUUCGCGUAUCAUACAAACCAGUUACGAGCAUAUGCUACAACAUCAGCAAGCAAAUCCAGGGCCAGAAGAAGCACGUCUAACCGAUGAAGCUAAGUUUCAAGUGGUAAGUAAGAAAACUCAAACGAUGAGUCACGCAUGA